UGAAAAUCGAAAGUUGCGUGAUAUACUUAUGUUGUUUAUAGGCAGUUAUCUAAAAACAAUCGUAACGUGACUUCUCUGAUUAACCUAAAAGAAGUUAUAUUAUCUACGGGUUAAGUAUAGUUCAAUAGAAAGACCGUAUUCCAGUUUUUGUGUCUACGCUACUGCCAGAGUAGAUAUUGAGCGAGUUGAUGUUGUGUCGAAUAAUUUCUUAAACUGCGUGUUAGUUUUUGAAACUAAGAAACAUAUUUGGUAAAUACGAUAUAUACGCAUACAGAUAUGCUCUCAAAAAUAACUUAUCUUCUGGAAAAGUAGUUACAAUUCUAUUAUCAUCCGAAUCUAUUCGAUAUUAUAAAAUACUACAGUAAUCUACGCUGGAAUGAUAUUUCGUGGAAGAGAGAGUUAAGAAUGUAAUCAAAAGCUGUAGUAGUAUAAUGAUAUAUUUUUAUAAAUAAACUAUGAUUAGUGAAAAAAGAUUCUGACCCGCAAUAUUGUUGCGGAAUAAAUUUACGAUGUCUAUCGUCACUUUAUCAUUCAAAUUUUUUUAUGUAACUCAAUGAUUGCAUGUGUUGUCUUCGAUUUCACUUCUAAAGUUUAAGGUGCAUCAAUUAAGAAAAAAUUUUUUUAUUCAUCAACAAGAUUUUCUUUAGUUUCUACACAUUUAAGGAAUAAAAUCAUAAUUUGGUACAUCAAUCUCAUGUAACAAUAUGUAAAUCUCAUGGAUGGAACCUGUGAGGUGACGGUAGUAUUUUUCAAUUUGCAUACACGUAAUGUUGGUGGUGACAGCGGCCAAAAUUCUAUGUUGUCAUGUUCGAAGAGCAACAACCAACGGUCAGAAAACAGCCGUUGGAUCAAAUGUUGAAAGUACUUGAAUUUAAAUAUUUCUCUGUGAAAACAAGUUGGCUGUUAUUGAUACUGGCAUUUAUAAAACUCGAAACAUUAGCUGGACCACGUUAUGCAUCACGUAUUGUUGAAACUAGAAGUGGCCAAGUACGAGGUAUAUUGCAAGAGCUCAACGAUCGUUUAGAUCCUGUAGAAGUUUUUCGGGGAAUUCCUUAUGCGGCUCCUCCAGUAGGAAAUUUGAGAUUACGAGAACCAGCUUCUCCACUAUCUUGGUCCGGAGUGAAACUCGCAGAUACGUUCGGAUUUGUUUGUCCCCAAAUAUUUCCAGAUGUUUCCAAUUUUAGUUCUGCAAUGAAUGCAAUGCCAACUGGACGAUAUCAACUGCUGCAGCAAAUGGCAGCUUAUUUAAAAAACCAAAGCGAGGACUGUCUAACAUUAAAUUUAUACAUACCCGGCAGUGGAUCAAGAGGACUAGAAGCUCCAUAUGCAGUAAUCGUCUACAUCCAUGGUGAAAGUUUCGAGUGGGGAACAGGGAAUGUUUAUGAUGGGUCGGUUCUUGCAAGUGCAGGCCAUGUCAUUGUGGUCACAAUAAAUUAUCGUUUAGGAGUUUUAGGUUUUUUAAGAACAAGUACAUUGCCUGACGAGAAUGGCCACUUGGAUGGAAAUCUGGCACUGAAAGACAUUACUAUGAGUCUUGGUUGGGUGAAAGAAAACAUUGCCGCAUUUGGAGGAGAUCCCAGCCGUGUAACAGUAAUGGGUCAUGAUACCGGAGCAGCACUUGUAAAUUUUCUCCUCCUUACUCCAUACUCUAAAGGCCUACUACAUAGAGUCAUUUUGUUAAGUGGAUCCGCAUUGAGUCCAUGGUCAUCGGUGAAUGAUCCAAACAAUCUUAUUCAAACGGUAGGCGAGCAACUUGGGUGUCAUACUAUAACACCGAGAAUGGAUGUUGCUGAUUGUCUUCGCGGAGUGCCACUAAACAAUUUGCUCAACGUCAAACUUCCAGAAAUCAAAUUUAUUCCAAGGAUUGGUCCAGUUCUACCAAUUGACAAGAAUAUUCCUGAUCCAGCCUUAGACAUGGAAAGAGCAAGUGAUACAUUCAUCAAGAUUCCACUUAUCAUAGGAGUGACCACAGCUGAGUCAUAUCUUGAUUUCAAUGAUUAUGAAAUACAAUUUGGAUUUGAAGAAAACCAACGUAAUCGUAUUCUACGCACGUUCAUCAGAAAUUCAUAUUACUAUCAUUUAAAUGAAAUACUAUCAGCAGUUAAAAAUGAAUACACUGAUUGGGAAAAACCUGUACUGCAUCCUGUAAAUUUAAUGGAAUCUACGAUGGAAGCUUUAAGCGAUGGGCACACUGUUGCGCCGCUGAUGAGAGUUGCAUUUUAUCAUUCUCGACGUGGUGCUCAAACCUAUUUUUUUCAUUUCAAUUAUCAAGCAAAAGAUAGCCAAUAUCCACAGCGACUCGGUAGUGUUCGUGGUGAAGAUAUUCCCUACGUUUUUGGAUUACCUCUUAUAUUAGGUGGAUCAUUCUUUCCACUGAAUUACACUCGUCAAGAUCAAGGUGUAGCAGAGGCAAUUCUUACAUUUUUCACUAAUUUUGCGAAAACUGCGAAUCCUAAUUUACCUCAUAACAUUGAAUCUGUCGAUUAUGGUACUGAAAAAGAAAAAGCAAGAUUUCGUGGAUUGGCUUGGGAGCAGUAUGAAACAGGAUCUCAAUUGUAUUUAAUGAUAGCAUCGAAACCAAAAGUGAAGAAUCAUUAUCGUGGACAUAAAAUGGCAAUGUGGUUAAAUCUCAUUCCGCAGUUACAUCAACCAGGAGACGAAGAUGUAUCGAUGCGUCAUCAUCAUUUUCGGGAACAUGAUGAAAAUUUCUAUAUAGGAGCCGUUCGAGACAAAUUGCAUACCCCAAUACACCAACUCGACACAACAAAGAAUCAUAUAGCAUCAGCUAUUUGUACUACUCCAAAUGUUAACAAUCAAAUUAUUGUUGAUGUCGUAACGAUCUUGUCUAGCAGCACUGAUAAAUCUGAAAUAUUCCAAGAGUUUGCUGCCCGUCAUUAUUAUAGUACUACAACCGCACUAAUAAUCACUGUUGGAGUUGGUUGCAUUUUUCUGCUUCUAAAUACGUUAAUAUUUGCGGGAAUUUACUAUCAACGAUAUCGCGAUAAGAAAAAGACAUUUACUCAUGAAGGUAGUACUCAUGACCCUACUUCUAUGACAGUAACUCCGAUUAUUGGAAAGAAUUCAUUGUCUAUUCAUGAGCCACCUCCUUCAUAUGCUACUCUUCCUAGAACACAUCCUCAAAAUUCCAAUGAGACAGAAAAUAAUUUGCAUGAAUUAAUUCCACAAUUAACAAAACUAGGAGAAUCUUCAAAAACCGAAAAAAUGAUCCAAAGUCCUGUGAAAAAUGUUUUUUUAAAAGAACUAAAACCUCCUAAACCACCGACUAGGACAACUAGUUCAUUGAGCACUGGUAGCAGUAAUAAAAAAAAAGUCCAAAUACAGGAAGACAUAAUUUAAUAUUGAAGAUGAUAAAAAAACUCGGUAAAAAUGGUAAGAAGAUUAACAUUAAUUUGUAGUCUGAAGGAAAACAGCUAAAAAAAACCUCAAAAACUUCAAUCUACGCAAUGUUUAACUAAUACAUAUAAAAUAAAGUUAUGAGAUUAAACGUAAAAAAUUCUAUUGGUUUUUUUUUAAACUUCUUGUAGUACUUUUUGAUCACAUUAACACUAGAUGAGACCAGAGUAGAUUGAAGCACAAAAAGUUCAUUGUAGUAGAUUAAUUUAUUUGUGUCAUUAAUUUUUUCCAAGCAAUCGUGAAUUUAAUAUGAAACUUUGAUAAGCAGAAAUUAAUCAUAAAAAUCCAUAGUCACGAUAAGAUACUACUAGUAAAAUCGUUAAUUAUUAAAUGGUUCGAGAAAUUUAGUAAGCCCUGGAAUAAAUUCAUUUUGUGUAGCCACUAUUAGAUAUCCGUUAUUGGUGAUUUUUUUAAAAUUGUUUCACGUGUCACAACUGUAAAAUUUGCGCCAAUGACAAUUUGGUGAAACAUUUUAUUAUUUAAGUAUUGAAAAAACUAAACUAAAUGGUAAAUAAAACACGAUGCACUGAGAACAACUGCGGACUUCUUAUGCAUAAAUAUUGGAACACAAUGUCAAUUUGCCUUAACGUAUUUGUUUCGAUACAUUUCUUUAUGGCAAGAAUAAUUUUUGACUGUAAAAAAUUUGAGACGAAUUAAAAGGAAAAAAUCAGUGAAUGGUUAUCUUAAAAUGCUAUUGGUAGUUAUACCUACAUUAGUUUUAAGAGCAGCAAACACUGUUUACACUGACGGCAUUUUCCUUGUAUUUCUAAAAUUUUUUUUUUUUCUUCAUGUAACACAAUAGGUCAGUCGAUUGCCACUCAGCCCUUCAGUAUUAGUUCAAGAGCAGUGUAAAUUACCCAUGCAUUAAUUUUAAGAAGAAUGUAAAAAAUUUUAGAUUACGGCUUCUUUUAGAGAUCAACGAAAAGAGCAUUUGUGCUAAAUAUCAUUGUUUAAAAAUGAUUUUCACUGUUACUUAUCAAGAAUUGAAAUUCUGACCUUUCACUGACUGUCCAGCGCAAAUGUUUAACACUUGUAUUAUAAUUUUCAUGACAACAUUAAAUAUGUUACUUAUUUUGAGCUUAAGUUAUUUAUGUGUACUGUAUUACAUAUGAUAAUAAUUAAUAAAAUGAUUUCCCGUUGAAAAAACUUGAAUUCAUUACACAGAUCCCAUUGUUGAUGGUUU